AUGGCGUCUUCAGCCUCCACAUCAGGCACCGCCACAAACGUCAUGCUCGCCAUCUUCGAGAAGAAGACGACCCAAAUCGAUCUCUACCGCCCACUCCGCAACUACAUCGCCUUCAACUACUCCGAACGCGAAGCCCAGAACCUCGAAGACGAUCUCCAAACGGUGAAACAGCUCCGCUCCGACCUCGAGCGCCAACCCGACCCAUCACUCACUACCCGCCGCGACCUCCUCCAAAAUUACUACAAAGCCCUCUGCCUCGUCGAGACCCGCUUCCCCAUCUCACCCGAUAAGGAUCACAUCAAUUCCAUCACUUUCGUUUGGCACGACGCCUUCAAAAACAAGCAAAAGGCUUCCCAGCAGAACAUCCACUUGGAAAAGGCUGCCGUUUUGUUCAAUUUGGGCGCUGUGUAUAGUCAGAUUGGGCUUUCCUACGAUCGCGCCACCGUUGACGGUCGGCGGCUGGCGUCUCACGCGUUUAUUGCCUCGGCCGGGGCUUUCGCGUUUUUGCGAGACAAUGCGGCGACCAAGGCAUCGAUUGGGACCUCGACGACGGUCGAUUUGUCGGUGGAGUGUGCUGGGAUGUUGGAGAGGUUGAUGCUGGCACAGGCGCAGGAGUGCGUCUUUGAGAAUACCAUAGCCAAAGGGAGCACGCCGGGUGUUUGCGCGAAGAUCUCGAGGCAGGUUGGGCUGUAUUACGAGGAAGCUUUAGCGGCAUGCAAUGUUCCGCCUUUAAACCAGCAUUUUGACAGGGCCUGGAUCUCACAUAUGCAGUUAAAGGCAGCACUCUUUUAUGCAGAAGCUUGCUAUAGGUAUGGUCUAGAGCUGCAUGAGAAAGAAGAGAUUGCAGAAGAAAUUGCACGGUUAAAGAGUGGGAUCAGUGCUUUAUCUGAGGCUAAGAAAUCCACAAAAGGGGCUGCUGCACAGAUUCUGGAUGCAAUUAGUAAGUUAGAGGUCAAUCUUAACCGUAAUCUGGAGAGGGCUGUGAAGGAGAAUGAUAGAGUUUACCUCAUGAGGGUUCCUUCCCCUAGUUCCUUACCACCCCUUCCAGCAUUUUCCAUGGUGAAGCCUUUGGCGAUGAAUGAGGUCUUGGAUGCGAGCAAGGAGAAGAUGUUUGCCAGUCUUGUUCCAGAUAGUAGUGCUAAAAAUCUUUCCAGAUACACUGAAAUGGUUGAUGACAUUAUCAGAACACAAGCAGAAAAGUUGCAACAAGCGAGUGAACUGACCAGAGUGAGGCUCAAGGAAAUGGACCUUCCAGAGUCUAUUCUGGCAUUGGAAGGGAAUUUUACUCUUCCUACAGAUCUUAAAGAAGAUGUGGAGGCAGUGCAGAUAAGUGGGGCCCCUGCUGGUUUGGAAGCUGAGUUACAGCAGCUUAGGGAUUUGAGAAGGGUGAACCAGGAGAUUCUGAUACACAUUGAGGAGCUCUUGCAGAAAGAGGCAAGAGAAGAUGCUCAGUUUAAAAGCCAAUUUGGAGCCCGAUGGACGAGGCCUCAGUCAAGCACUCUUACAAAGAACUUACAGGAUAGGCUAAACAGGUUUGCUGCUAACUUGAAGCAAGCUGCAGAUAGUGAUGCUCGGAUAGAGCGCUCAGUCAGAGAGCAUUCAGCUCUCAUGUCAAUCCUUGAUCGUCGUCCGAUUGAAUCUGCCCUCCCAACUCUGGCAAGGCCAAUAAUGUCUUUGGAUGCCAAUGAAGAUGCUAUUUUGGGGGCCCUGAAGCAGAGCCUGAGGCAAUUGGAAACUCUUGGUGCUCAACGAGCAGGUCUUGAAGACAUGCUUAAAGAGAUGAAAAGAAAGGAUGAUAUACUUCCUAAGUUGAUGACAUCAACUGGCUCCUAUGAGGAUCUGUUCAGGAAGGAGAUAUCAAAAUAUGAUCAUAUAUGCGAAGACAUUGCCCAAAAUAUUGAGGCUCAAGAACAAUUAUUGCUGCAAAUCCAGGCCCAAAAUGAUGAGUUUGCUGCCAUCUUCAACCUUGAAGAUUACAAAGCUUCUCGUGAGAAAUGUUACAAGCAGAUUCAAGCUGCCAUAGCAAAGUUCCGUGAAAUUAAGGACAACAUAAACGAGGGGUUAAAGUUUUAUGUUACUCUCCAGGAUGCAAUAACGAACGUAAAGCAGCAGUGUAGUGAUUUUGUGAUGACUAGAAACAUCCAGUGCCAGGAAAUGAUUGAAGAUGUGCACAAACAAAUGGCAGGCCUAAAUUUCCAAGAUGCUAAAAGCGUAGGCACAUACAACAGCUAUCCUUCUGUCGGACAUCAAGCUCAGAGACCUGUUUCACAACAGCAAACAGAUCCUCGUCCUCAAACACCAUACUACCAUCCUCCUGAGCAGCCAGCAAUGGCUGGGUAUAAUCACCCUCCCCCCUAUAGCUCAACGCAGCAGAUGCCAUCUCCUUACGUUCUGCCACCUCAAACUGGUAGUCCAUACGCACCUUCUCAAGCUGGUAGUCCGUACCCACCUCCUCAAGCCGGUAGUCCAUACCCACCUCCACAGGCCCAGCAACAGCCACCUGCAAACCAUGACUAUGGUCAACCUGCUUAUCCAGGGUGGCGAGGUCCAUACUACAAUUCCCAUGCACAACAAGCUGGAUCUCAUCCUCGACCUCCUUACACCAUUCCAGGUCAAUACCGUCCUCCUCAACAGGGUGGCUACUAUAAGCAACAAUAG